AUGGCAACAACAUCAUCAAAUCAUAUUGAAAUAGAAGAUGAAGAAGCUAAUACAUCAUUUAUGGUCGGUAAACGAGACGUUCUAUUACAUAAUUAUCAAUCUGCAUGUGAUCAUUUAUCAAAAACAUGUGAACGAAUUGUAAAAUUACGUGGAAGUGAUACAGCAGUUGAACUUGCUGAACCAUAUUUUUAUUAUGGUCAAGCAUUACUUUAUCUUGGUCUUAGUGAACAACAAGUAUUUGGUAGUGAUAUUGUUAAAGAUGAAGAUAACGAUGAAAAUGAAAAUGAAGAAGAAGAAGAGGAAGAAGAGGAAAAAGAAAAAGAAAAAGAAAAAGUAGAAGAAGAACAAGAAGAAGAAAGAGA